UUGUACCUGUCGGUCAAACAGGCAGUACAGUGGAGUAACAGAGGCAAAUAGUGGCGACACGUUGCCAGAGGUGUUCUCUUUCAGGUACGUUGUGUUCGGAUCUUUAGUCGUUGAACUGCAGGAUUCUGUCGUUAAGGGUACCAUGAGUGUGGGCUUCAUCGGAGCGGGUCAGUUGACCCACGCCCUGGUCAGGGGCUUCUCAGCUGCAGGUGUGAUUGCAACCCACAGGAUCACAGCCAGCUCCCCAGACACUGAUCUCCCAACAGUCCAGGGACUGAGGAAAAUGGGAAUAAACUUUACCACCAGCAACAAGGAAACGGUGAACAAGAGUGACGUCCUCUUCCUGGCUGUGAAGCCCGACAUCAUUCCAUUUGUCCUGGAAGAAAUCGGACCAGACAUUGAAGAACGCCACCUCAUUGUGUCCUGUGCUGCAGGCGUCACCAUCAGCUCCAUAGAAAAGAAGCUGCUUCAGUUCUGCCCUGCUCCAAAGGUGAUGCGCUGCAUGACCAAUACCCCUGUAGUGGUCCGCGAAGGGGCCACAGUGUAUGCCACAGGCACUCAUGCAGAGGUGGAGGAUGAACGGCUUCUGGAGCAGCUGAUGGCCAGUGUAGGAUACUGCACCGAGGUGGAAGAAGAUCUGAUCGAUGCCGUGACUGGUCUGAGUGGCAGUGGACCCGCUUACGCCUUCACAGCCGUCGAUGCUCUUGCAGAUGGUGGAGUGAAAAUGGGUCUGCCUCGCAGACUAGCCGUACGCCUUGGAGCCCAUGCCCUCCUGGGUGCUGCUCGUAUGCUGCUGGACUCUGAGCAGCAUCCCGGGCAGCUCAAGGACAAUGUUUGCUCACCAGGGGGCGCCACCAUCCACGCCCUGCAUGUCAUGGAGAGUGGGGGCUUCCGCAGCCUUCUGAUUAAUGCAGUCGAGGCCUCCUGUGUCAGAACUAAGAAACUCCAGUUUUUGGCAGACCAGGAGAAGAUCUCUCCCGCUGCCAUCAAGAAAACAACCCUGGACAAAGUGCUGCAGCAGUCAGGAGUGAACGCAGAAAAUGUCGGAAUCAGACCUCGCACUUUAAGUGUAUUUAACAGCAAGACCAAGAAGAACUAAAGUUGUAACCAAUGCAUCAGGGGUGAAGAUAUAUAUAUAUAUGUGUGUGUGUGUGUGUAUAUAUAUAUAUAUGUGUAUGUGUAUAUAUAUGUAUAUAUAUGUGUGUGUACACACAUACACACAUGCUGUAUGAAUAAAACACUGGUACAUUGCUGUCAAGCUACAUCAGAGAAACUGUGAGCAAAACUAUAUAAUAGGUUAUCCUUCUGUUUUCUUUCUAUUUACAAUUGUAAUACUUUUAUCUCAGUGUUUUGGUUGCAUGCAGUUAGUACUUUCUGGGGUUGAAUACAUGCACUUUUAUAUAGAAUAAUGGAGAUUGAACAGUAAUAUAAUUAUCGGCGGUUGAGUUUUUAAAAGCUUUCUCUUUUGUCGGGUUUUCAAACAUCAAAAAUGUUGCAUUUACAAGUUCUAGUUUGAUGGUGUCAAGUGUUGUAUUAUGGUAAAUGUUAAUACUGUAUGUAGAGUCUGUGACUGUGGGCUACUGUCUCUAAAUGUCAUAUAGAAUAUCCAUUGUGCAAUUGUCACACUCAGUGACCCAUACUGCAUGUGGGGCCUACACCGAUGCAGUACCUGGGUCCUACUUUGUAGUCUACUUAUUAUUAGUUCAUUGCACGGGCAAGUGAAAAGAUUCACUCCUUAGCCAAAUAGCCACAGUAGAUUCUGUGAUGUCAAAUGUAAAAUUAUUAUGGCUGUCAAACUAUGGAAAACCUUUUUUGAUUUAUACUACGUGGCUUUAGAUCAAUCAUGAUUAAUCAAGGGGGAAAAAAAUCAACAUUUCUAAAUAUGAUUUUAAAAUGUUUUCUGUAUUUUGCUGAAAAACAAACAGCAGGUAAAUGUAUGCAUUUCACACCCAUUUUUUCUGUACUCAUCCAAAUGAUAAAAUUACUGUAUUAAUGUGGAACGUUGAAACUGCAAAAGUAUAAAUCAAAGAAAAGAAAAACCAGAAAAGACCACGAUUUGGUUUGGAAUCAUGAAUGUAAAAUUAUUAACAUGUAUAUUUACACAAAUUUGCUAGCAAUUAAUGGUUAUCAUGAUUAUUUUGACAGCCCUAAAAUUAUACAUUUGAUAAUAUGAGUCCAUACCAAAGGAAGGAAUUGAAAUAAUUUAAAAUGUGAAUAGAUUGAAACUUGUUACCUCAGAGGAGACAUUUAUCCACGUAUCUGAUAUGUUAUUUUCUUUGUAUUUCAUGCUCAAAUAAGGUAAGAUUUCUACUUUUUUUAGCCUAUCUUCAAAUGUCAAUGUGGGAGCUAUGGAGAAAGUUGUGUUGUAUUAUGUAUUUACACUCACUAGUGAAUUUAUAUGUACCUGUUCAGCAGUAGAGAACUGAUAGUUUCGAUUGGGUUUUUUUUGUUGUUUGUUUGUUUCAGCAGCCCUGUUUGAACAGAUGCACACAAAGAAGUUAUAGGUGAGUGACUGUAUUUUGAAAAAAAGUUUUUUAUAUUUUUAAGAGUAAAUAAUUUUGUCCAUAAACUUAAUGACAACGA